AUGGCCACCAACGGUACUCCAUCCGGCUCGGCGCAGUUCAGCAGCUUGUCUACCGAAUUGUGCCUUCACAUCUGGAGCUUCGUCGCACCCGAGGUGCACCACGGACGUGCAGCCCAAGUCUUCGCACUCCAACUCAUCAUACCGAAUGCCACAGAGACACAGGCCUGGGGUGCUGACGUGCCGCCGUAUCACGUUCGGCCUGGUCAUGUCUUGAAAGACCAGACGGCCGGUCUCCGAACCAUGUUGGCGGUCCACCGAGAGAGCCGUGACGAGGCGCUACGGUUCUUUCCGGACACCCUCGCUGUUGAUGAGAAGGGGGGCAUUGUUCGCUACAACAGCGAGCACGAUAUGGUCUUCCUAGACGGCAAAUUCAACGCGCACUGGAUGGAGAGAAGCUGGGACUAUCAUCUAGCGGGAUUCACCGACUCGAUCCAGCAUCUUGGGCUCGGCCCCGACCUGCUAAAGUUCCUCACCUUCUUCGUCUGGGAUCUCAGUAAGCCUGUCAACCCCAUAUGGUACCUGAUGAGGUUCCUCCGACCGUUCAAUGCUCUUGAUGUGGUUUACUAUGCCAUCGAAGAGAGCCGCCACGCCACCCACCAUGCUCUCCGAUGGCCCGCACCGGACAAGAUGCAUCGCCACCUUCAAGUCUUUUCCAAAGCCGCCGUCAAGCCAGCAGAGCCAUCUUCGGUCAUGUACUGUUGGCCCGAUCUUAUCGAAAAUGAGUACUAUGCCAGAAACGAGGGGACCUUCUUCGAAGGAGGCGAAGACGGUAUCGACGAGUUCGGGAUAUUGGUUGAAACCUUGUGUGAUCCGUCGGGCUGGUCAGACGAAAUCAAGAAAGCAUUCGAGAGUUCAGCGACCCACACAUGGAUGAAGAUGAUCUGCUGCCAUUGA